CCUUCUGCUGUCUAGACUGGGCUAGGUCUUCCCUCCCUCUUUCUUCAGGUGACAGUGGGUACCUGAGGUGCCAGCCCCCUACCUCAUUCCCCAUGAAUGCUGUGGAAAGUCCAGGAAGGGCAAGAGCUCCAAAAGAUGGGGAGUGGAGCCUGGGACAACCCUGCCUACAGUGGUCCCCCCUCCCCACGUGGGACACUGAAGAUCUGUACCAUCUCCAGUGCAAUGCCUCCACAACCCCAAAUCCAAAAGCCUGAAGAUGGACCCCAGGAGAAGGCAUAUAGGACUCUGGUGUCCAGCUGCUGCUUCCAGAUCUGUCGUGGCAUCAGAGGACUUUGGGGAACAACUCUGACUGAGAACACAGCUGAGAACCGGGAGCUUUAUGUCAAGACCACCCUGCGGGAGCUUUUAGUAUACAUCGUGUUCCUGGUGGACAUCUGUCUUUUGACCUACGGAAUGACAAGCUCCAGUGCCUAUUAUUACACUAAAGUGAUGUCGGAGCUCUUCUUACAUACCCCGUCAGACACUGGAGUCUCCUUCCAGGCCAUCAGCAGCAUGGCGGACUUCUGGGAUUUUGCCCAGGGCCCACUACUGGACAGUUUGUAUUGGACCAAAUGGUACAACAACCAGAGCCUGGGCCACGGCUCCCACUCCUUCAUCUACUAUGAAAACCUGCUGCUGGGGGUUCCAAGGCUCCGGCAGCUGAGGGUCCGCAAUGACUCCUGUGUGGUGCAUGAGGAUUUCCGUGAGGACAUUUUGAGCUGCUAUGAUGUCUACUCUCCAGACAAGGAAGAGCAGCUCCCCUUUGGGCCUCUCAAUGGCACAGCGUGGACAUACCAUUCACAGGAUGAGCUGGGGGGCUCCUCUCAUUGGGGCCGGUUGACAAGCUACAGUGGAGGUGGCUACUAUCUGGACCUUCCGGGAUCCCGACAGGCCAGUGCAGAGGCACUCCAGGACCUUCAGGAGGGCCUCUGGCUAGAUAGGGGCACUCGUGUAGUUUUCAUUGACUUCUCAGUCUACAAUGCCAACAUCAAUCUUUUCUGUGUUCUGAGACUGGUGGUAGAGUUUCCAGCCACAGGAGGUGCUAUCCCAUCCUGGCAAAUCCGCACAGUUAAGCUGAUCCGCUAUGUCAGCAACUGGGACUUCUUCAUCAUUGGCUGUGAAAUCAUCUUCUGCAUCUUCAUCGUCUACUAUAUGGUAGAGGAGAUCCUGGAGCUCCACAUCCACCGGCUUCAUUACCUCAGCAGCAUCUGGAAUAUUCUGGACCUGGUUGUUAUCAUGCUCUCCAUUGUGGCUGUGGGCUUCCACAUAUUCAGAACCCUUGAGGUGAAUCGGCUGAUGGGGAAGCUCCUGCAGCAGCCAAACAUGUAUGCUGACUUUGAGUUCCUCGCCUUCUGGCAGACACAGUACAACAACAUGAAUGCCGUGAACCUCUUCUUUGCCUGGAUCAAGAUAUUCAAGUACAUCAGCUUCAACAAAACCAUGACUCAGCUCUCCUCCACACUGGCCCGCUGUGCCAAGGACAUCCUGGGAUUUGCUGUCAUGUUCUUCAUCGUUUUCUUUGCCUAUGCUCAACUCGGCUACCUGCUUUUUGGAACCCAAGUGGAAAACUUUAGCACUUUCAUCAAGUGCAUUUUCACUCAGUUCCGGAUCAUCCUUGGGGACUUUGACUACAACGCUAUUGACAAUGCCAACCGCAUCCUGGGACCUGCCUACUUUGUCACCUAUGUCUUCUUUGUCUUCUUCGUGCUCCUGAACAUGUUCCUGGCCAUCAUCAAUGACACAUACUCAGAGGUCAAGGAAGAGUUGGCUGGACAGAAGGAUGAGCUGCAACUUUCUGAUCUCCUGAAACAGGGCUACAACAAGACCCUACUGAGGCUGCGUUUGAGGAAGGAGCGGGUUUCAGAUGUACAGAAGGUCCUGCAGGGUGGGGAGCAAGAGAUCCAAUUUGAAGAUUUCACCAACACCUUGAGGGAACUUGGGCACGCAGAGCAUGAGAUCACUGAGCUCACAGCCGCCUUCACCAGGUUUGAUCAAGAUGGAAAUCACAUCCUGGACAAAAAAGAGCAGGAACAAAUGCAACAGGACCUGGAGGAAAAGAGGGUGGUCCUCAACGCAGAGAUUGAGAACCUAGGACAAUCCAUUGUGAGUAGCUCACCAGGCGAGUCGGGUCCAGAGGCUACCAGAGCAGAUGGCUGGGUUUCAGGAGAAGAAUUCUACACACUCACAAGGAGAGUUCUUCAGUUGGAGACUGUCUUGGAAGGAGUCAUGUCCCAAGUAGAUGCUGUGGGCUCAAAGCUAGAGAUGCUGGAGAGGAAGGAGCAGCUAGCUUCCUCCCCAGGCAUGGGGGAUCAAGGCAUUUGGGAGCAUCUGCAGCCAACCUCACCUGUGACUCCAGACCCCUGGGGAGUCCAGGAGUUUCCAGGUGGAAGAGAAGGGGAAGCCUUGGAGGAGAUGAGACUUUCUCACAUUGGAGAUUACAGUGUUGCAGAGGAGUUGGGAGUGAGUGACCUCUCCAUCCAGGGCAAAAACCAUGAAGGCUCAGUUGAGAAGCCUGCUCCCGACAUUUCACUAAACACUGGGAACUGCGAGAGCUGUAAACAGGCACAUAGAUGGAACCUGAGAAGAAUCAGACAAAGAAAUGACUCCAGGAUUUUGAGAUCUUUGGAAUAAAAUGUGGUGGGCUCUGACCCUAUUUUUGCAAGGGAUAAUAUGGGUUUCUCUGGUGACUAUCAAUAAAAAUCAUUAGA